AUGAUAGCAGGAAAUCAAGACACUACAAAGGAUCAGUAUCAUAAAGACCAACAGCAAGAAGGACAAAAAAGUGAUGACACAGGCACAACCAGCCAAUCGUUGCCUCCUCCUCCUCCUCCCCAAGAAGAAAGAAUGGAUGCAUCGUCGUCAUCUUGCAUGGAAAGUGACGAUGAUUCCACUGGCUCGGAUGAUGUCGAAAAAGGAAAGCCGAAAUACGGUGAUGUGGAUUCUGAUACUGACGAUACUGUUACCCUCGGCGAUGAUGAUAUCAGCCAUAGGCCAUGGGUGCCAAUGUGGUUCUUGAACCACGGAUGGCAAGGAGUCUUGGCAAUUCUGAUUCCAAUUCUGUUCGUCACCGUCAUAUCUUCCGUGUUUGGUCACAUCUUUGCCUCAUCUUCUCAGAAAGAAUUUGCAAUUGACGGGCAAGGUGGCAGUAAUAUUGACCUAUCCCUCGUAUCAAGACAAAACACUACUAAAUCCGUUUCGCCAACACCAACGCCGACAACGUCAUUGCCAACAGUCGCACCGACCACUCUAAUGCCAUCAACAUUGCCAUCUUACUCUCCAUCGACGGUUCCAACUGUAGCCCCUACGCUAGAACCUGUAGUCAGUCACGACUUUAUGGUGCGCUUGUAUUGGCACCAAGACUUCUAUUGGCAAGAGACAUAUAAAGAGACUUGGUGGUGCAUGGAAUGUGCCGAAUGCAAGCGAUUUACCCUUGGAGAUGGAUGGGAAGGAGAAUGUGUGACACCAGGAUCAACACCGGCAAGUUGUCAAGAAGGAGACCAAAUAUGGGUCCGAAGGUGCAAAGACGAGAGACGGCUCUACACGUUUGAGAUUAUCCACAACGAUGGUAGUGGUGAUCAAGUCCGAGUACAUGGUACUUCUCUUUGCUUUUCCAUGAAAAACGAAAGAUAUUUGGAAUUGCGAAAUUGCGACCGGACGAGACCAGAGCAGCUCUUUGCACCCAUUGAAGAUACCAUGAAAUUCGAACUGCGUCCAUAUGAUCAAAGAGACCUCUCGGACAAGGAGGCGAAUUGCCUGUCACAAAGGCAUCACCCUAAAGACAAAGAAAUGGUUGGCAUGUUUAAAUGCCGAACAAAUAUCAAUCAUGAGACGAACUAUUGGACCGAAUUUUACCGCUAA